GGUCCCCCACACGACAGUUCCACACAUAUCGCACGCUUCCCCUUCCCUCCGUCCCUUGAGCCAUGGCGCGCGUUUAGGCUUUGCAAAGAGCCAAAGCCGCGCAAAAAGCCUACACAGCUCAUCCAUGCAGCUGUGACGCUGACGCAGAUCAACCAACCACUACUACCGCCCGCAAGCUCACGCAGCUCCAGCACUGGCCUCGUGUUCGAUCGAUGGACAUGGCGGCCUGCGUCGACGACGUCGGCAAGCCGCGGGCGUCGAGGAAGGUGUGCGUGAUCGGCGCCGGGAUGGCCGGGCUGGCGGCGGCGCGGGAGCUGCGGCGGGAGGGGCACGCCGUGACGGUGCUGGAGCAGGCCGGCGACGUGGGCGGGCAGUGGCUGUACGACGACCCGCGGGCCGACGACGACGACGAAGACCCGCUCGCCGCCGCCGCCGCCGCCGCGAAGCCGGUGAGGGUGCACAGCAGCAUGUACGCCUCGCUCCGGCUGCUCGGCCCCCGCGAGGUCAUGGGAUUCUCCGACUUCCAGUUCGUGCCGGCCAGGAAGAGCCGCUGCGGCGGCGGCGACAACCCCGGCGGCCGCGACCCGCGCCGCUUCCCGGGGCACCGCGAGGUGUACCUCUACCUCAGGGACUUUUACCGCGCGGCGGGGCUCACCGACUCCGUCAGGUUUAACACCAGGGUGGUGCGCGUCGCCGUGGCGCCGCCGCCAUGCCGAGGUGGCCCCGGCGACGCGCUGAGAUGGGUGGUGAGAUCCAUGGACGCCGGCCUCUGGAAGCGAUGCACCGAUGACCAGAUGGCGGAGGCGCACUGCGUCGAGGAGGUGUUCGACGCCGUCGUCGUGGCCACCGGCCACUACUCGCAACCAAAGCUGCCUAGCAUCCAAGGAAUGGGGGAUUGGAAACGGAGGCAGAUGCACAGCCACUGGUACCGGGUCCCGGACUCCUUCCGCGACGAGGUGGUGGUGCUGGUGGGCUGCGGCGACAGCGGCAUGGACAUCGCGCUGGACCUCCUCGCCGUCGCGAGGGAGGUGCACCUCUCCGCCAAGUCUGUGGAGGCGGCCGCGACGCCGGCGAUGUCCAAGAUGCUGGCGAGGCACGCCAACCUCCACCUGCACCCGCAGAUCGAGCGCCUGUGCGACGACGGCCGCGUGGUGUUCGCCGACGGCGGCGGGGGCGUCGUCGCCGCCGACACCGUCAUGUACUGCACCGGGUACCGCUACUCGUUCCCGUUCCUGGACACCGAGGGGAAGGUCGCCGUCGACGACGACGACAACCGCAUCGGGCCUCUGUUCGAGCACACGUUCCCGCCGUCGCUCGCGCCGUCGCUGUCGUUCGUCGGCAUCCCGAGGAAGGUGAUGGUGCCGUGGUUCUUCGAGGCGCAGGGGAGGUGGAUCGCCGGCGUGCUGUCCGGCCGGCGGGCGCUGCCGUCCGAGGAGGAGAUGACGCGGUCCGUGGAGGAGUUCUACCGCGCCAGGGAGCUCGCCGGCGUGCCCAAGGCGCACACCCACGACGUCGAGCCUCACAAAAUGUAUGAGCUUGGGGAGAAGUACUGCGAUUUCCCGCGCACGGAGGAGUGGAAGAGGGAGCUGAUGGCGAUCAUCAGCCGGAACACGAGCGACGACAUGGAGACGUUCCGCGACCGCGACGACGACAGCGACAACGUCCGCAGGUGCCUGCAGGAGUGGUACGCCCUGGCUGAGCACCAGGCUCAAGACGAAGAAGACCCAGCUGCCGCUGCUGCACAAGCACCCGUGCACAGCUCGCUCUGAAGCCUGUACAGCUGUGUGUUCUGUGCUCUGCACAAUCAUAAUUUUCUUCUACAGAGCAUGAAAAUUUCUGAAAUAAAACAGAGCAUGCAGAAAUUUCGAAAUUUC